GCUUACGCCCUCAGAAAGAACACAAGAGGGCCGUUCUAAGGUUAGAUGUAUCAUGAUAUCUACGAUUUCAGUUUUCAAAUUUCAAUUAAGAAGGCUAAAUUCGAUUCGAUCGCUGAUUAUAUUCAUGUUAAAUGAUGGCAAAUAACAACAGUAGUUGUUUUAUCACUGCACCUGGCUUCUGUCCGGAUUGCGGUUCAGUUUUACCUUUGCUUGACGAAAGAGGAGGAGUUACAUGUUACACGUGCAAAAGAGAAUGGGAUUCCGAAGUUUUUGGUGACAUGAAAAUGAUACAUACAAUCCUUUUCAACACUAAACAUACUUAUGCAUCCGCUAAAGAAGUUGAGGACAGUGACGAUGAUGCGGAUGGACCAGUAGUAGAGCGACAAUGUCCUCAAUGUCAAAAUGAUAAAAUGUCUUAUGCAACAUUGCAAUUGAGAUCUGCUGAUGAGGGACAAACUGUGUUUUACACAUGUACCAAAUGCAAAUUCAAGGAAACAGAGAAUUCUUAAUUUAAAAUUUCAUG